CGGUAGUGCACGGAGUCACGUAAGUUUUAUUUCAGAUUGAAAUUAGUCUGUUAAAUUACCUAUUUACAUAAUGGCGUAAGCGGUCAUGUGUAUUACCAUCUGUAUUGAGCAGUUGUCAAACAUCCUUGUAAGUAGUUGAGAGUGAGACCCACCAUGUAUGGCAGACGAGAUGUACGCAUUCUUCUCUUAGGAGAUGCUGGUGUUGGAAAGACAUCUCUGAUUUUGACGCUCGUCAGCGAUGAGUUCCCAGAAGAAGAGGUCCCAGCGAGAGCAGAAGAGAUCACAAUACCACCCGAUGUCACCCCAGAGAAAGUCCCUACCCACAUAGUAGAUUUCUCAGCUCGAGAGCAGAGUGAUGAGAUUCUCCUAGAAGAAAUAGAAAGGGCUGAUGUGAUAUGUGUGGUGUACGCAGUGAACACCAAGGAGACGAUAGACAGCAUUACAGACUACUGGUUACCGCUGAUACGGAACACCUUAGGCUCAGAUCACCUGACACCUGUCAUCAUCGUAGGUAACAAGUCUGAUCAAGCUGAUGCUAAUAGCUUGGAGACGGUCGUACCGAUCAUGAAUGACUAUGCAGAGAUUGAAACCUGUGUAGAGUGUUCGGCCAAGAAUCUGAAGAACAUCUCUGAAGUGUUCUACUACGCACAGAAAGCAGUCCUUCACCCUACAGGUCCAUUGUAUUCAGCAGAAGAUAAAGAACUCAAACCAGAAUGUAAGAGGGCGCUUUGUAGAAUAUUCAACAUCUGCGACCUGGACAAUGACGGCAUUCUCAAUGACUAUGAACUCAACUUGUUUCAGAGGAGAUGUUUCAACGCACCACUCCAGCCUCAGGCCUUAGAUGAUGUGAAAGCAGUAGUUAGGAAAAAUAUACCAGAAGGUGUAAUGAACAAUGGACUCACUCAAAUAGGUUUUCUCUUCCUGCAUACGUUGUUCAUUCAGCGAGGGAGGCAUGAAACAACAUGGACGGUCCUUAGGAAGUUUGGCUACAGUGAUUCACUCAAACUCAACUCAGAUUACUUACAACCAAAGUUGAGAGUAGGUAGAGGGUGCUCUACUGAGUUGAGUCAUUUAGGCUACCAGUUCCUCACAUCUCAUUUUGAGAAAUAUGACAAGGAUCGUGAUGGUGCCUUAUCACCAGCGGAGUUACAGACUCUGUUCCAGACAUGUCCCAUGAUGCCUUGGGGUCCUGACGUCAACAUGACAGUAUGCACCAAUGAGAAGGGUUGGAUCACGUUACAUGGUUACCUAUCACAAUGGACUUUGACCACAUUACUGGACAUUCAGAGAACGCUGGAAUUCUUAGCAUACUUUGGCUACAGAUAUGUAAUGGCAGAUCAUGAGAAUCAGCUCUCAGCAAUCAUCGUCACGAGAGACAAGAAGGUGGAUCUUCAGAAGCGUCAAACAUCUCGUAAUGUCUUCCGUUGUAAUGUGAUUGGUCCACGAGGAGCAGGCAAGUCAGCGUUUCUUCAGGGUCUCACGGAACGUAGUCUGGAUUCACCUGUUAUCAUGAGGGAUAACCUGUCAGCGUAUGCCAUUAACACUAUACAGGUCUAUGGACAGGAGAAAUAUCUUCUGCUCCGUGAGAUUGAUGUUGGUCUAUCCGAUGAGCUAUCUUCAGAAGAGCUCGAAUGUGACGUGGCUUGCUUGAUGUAUGAUAUCUCUGAUCCAAGAACCUUUGAAUACUGUGCUAAGAUUUACAAGCAACACUUUGAGAGGAACAGUGUUCCAUGUUUACUGGUAGCUGGUAAGAGCGAUAAGCAUCCCGCUAGACAGGACUACCCUCUUCAGCCGGCUCAGUUCUGCACCCAUUACGGACUCCCUCCACCGCAGACAUUCAGCAGUGUAGGAAGACCUAACAAGGAUAUCUAUGUCAAGCUGGCUACCCUAGCUGCUUACCCGCAUCUGAAAGGGAUCCAAGAAGAGGGAACUCGUCGCUGGAUCAAGGUUGGUCUAGGUCUAGGAGCUUUUGCAGCCAGUCUCUUUCUUGUCUACAGAUUCAUCAGAAUCCAGAGAUCAUAACCCUCACCCUAGCCAUCUAUCCAUCAUAGCUCUAUAGGUUUGAGUAUUAAACAUGCAGUAUCUCACAAUGAAUAUAAAUAUUAUGACAUUUGAAUGAAUUGUGGUAUUAUAUUCAAUACUACCCCAAGAAGAAGCUAGCUGCAAGUUACAUUUUACCCCCAGCCCAGCCUUCCACCAUGUGAGAGCUAACUAAGAGGACUUCUUUAUUCCUCUUUGAUUUGCUCCUUUGUCAAUACCAUAGGUGAGAAUAUAAAGUUUCCUGUGGGAUGCAUUCAUGGGCAGGUCAUGAGCAGAGUGUUCAUUUUACAGGGGAAACUCGAUAUAACGAGGUCAGCCAUAACGAGGUAUAGGUUGUAACAAGGAUAUUCUCACAGGCCCAAAUCAAUUUACGUGUAAUUCUAUGGUGAUAUGAACCUCUUAUAACGAGAUCUGCUAUAACGAGAUAUCGGCUAAAACAAGGAAAAUCAAUGGGUCCUGGCGGUCUCGUUAUACAAAGUUUCCCCUGUACACAUAUUCCUACUUGUUUCAUUAAUAGGAACCUUUCUUUUGUUCUGGAUCAGUGGUCGUGCGUAAUGUUUUUAUUUCUCUGAUCUUGUAUCAGAUUGAAGAACGUAUAGUGAUAAGCAAGAUGAAAAUAAAGCUGCAAUGUAAACCAAAACUGAUAGCUCUUUCAAGCCUUCUUGCACUUCUUUCAAGAAAAGAAACAACAAGAAUACUGACUAGUUUCAUGCACUGUAAACAUCAAUUUAGAGAUCAGUAUGACACUGUGUUUGGGACCAAUUUUUACAAGCCUACUAUAAGUGUCAAUUCUGUAGUAGGGACCUACUAAACAAUUUCAAUGUAGGAUGACACUACUGUUGUUUGCGUCUCAAUUGACAAUAAAUUUUAACUUCAAGUGCUUGCCAUUUGUCUUUUGGUAAAUUAUAGGAUUAUACUACCUUUAUCGCUAAGGUGAAAAUGGUACGAUGAUGCCUGACAUGUUAUAAUGUGAUUUAAGAAAUAAAAUCACAUGGUGGGAAAAGAGACGAGGUCAUUAUUGACAUGUUCUGUGCUUGCUUUUGGAAUGUCUCAAUCUGUCAUCGGCCUAUUGAAAUAUACUGAUAAGGUUGAAAUAUGCGACUCAAAUACGUCUUUUGUAUUUUUCAUACGAUGGUAAUUAAUCAUAGAUACAGGAGACUGUUUGUGAAAGCCACAAUAUGGUAUUUGAGAGUCUUCUGAUGAUAGAACACUAUGCUAUUGGCUUUCUUUUUACAAAGUUAAAAGCUAUCAGAUGAUAAAAUAAUACAAACUUGUAAAUUGGAGUUUAAUGAUGAGGAUUAGACACUAAUGCUGGCUGGGUCCAUUACAUAAUCUGUUAAAGUUGUUCCAUUUUCUAUUUCUGCUUUUGAUGCACAGCCGUAGACAUGUGAUCUGAGUAGCUGUGUAUGUAUUGGCAACUAUUGGCAGGGAAGGGAGGAGUGGUAUUUGACAUUUCAGAUUCAUUUUUUUUCAAACCAAUCUACAGAAAUGUGGAUGUUCAUCCCAUGUAUUGCAAUAUUUGAAGAACUACAAAUCAAAUUUGAUUAAAAUCUUUUUAGAAAUGUCACUAGACAAGGGCUGGGGUACAAUGAAUUAUCAAAGUGUCAAAGAGAUAAAAUGUUUGAUGAAAUGAGUUGAAGUAUAUUCCAUAGUAUUUACCUCUAAGGGAAAAUGAAUGUGUCUGGUGAUAGGAGAUUCAGGAAAGGAAGUUACUAUGACAACUAUGAAAUUUGUGUAGAAGCAGAAAGGGACUGUUAAUGUGUACCAGUCACCUAAAAAUAUUUUGUGUACAGCUAGAAUGUAUAAUAUCACCCACAAAACAAAAUUUCAAUUGGCUGUCUAUUAGCUUUAUAAUGUCAAAUGAAGAAAAUAAAGAAUAACAUAAAACUGCACCCACUGUUGCAUGGAACGGGUAUGGGUGCAUCAAACGGUCAGAAGUCACUUAUGUGUUUUAUGAGUGUGUAUUAAAACAGGCAAAUAUCUUUACAGAAGCAAUAUAUGAAGCUCAUAUCUUGAAUGUAGUAUAACAACAUGGAAUUACAUAUAUACAAAACCAAAUAUAUUUUGGUGAUUGGUAUACUUUAAAGAGAUAUUAUAUGCCCUGGUUGCCCUCCUGGUCCUUCGCAGAUGAUGUAUUGAAAGAAAGAAGAUAAUCAUGUAGUCCUUGUAAUGUUUUUAUUUGUUUGUUAAACAUUUCAUAAGCUUUAUUUCUCAAAUAAGAUAAUUGAAUGUAUUGAUGAAUGCAUUUGAGGGAUGAUGGUUGAGUUGGAUCUGUAUGUAUUCAUAGUAGCUUAUGUUACCGUCCUGUGCUUUUUAGGAUAAGAAAUAACUCUAGCCCUUCUGGAAAGCUUUUUGCAAUGAUAUUUGUGAAUUGAGGCAUGAGCAUGUAUAUGUCGCACAGAUGAUAAUAAUAAUAAUAAAUAUUUAUGAAGCGCACUUUUCUAAUUACUUACUCAAUGCGUUGUACAAAACAAAAUACACAAAUAUGUCUCCAGAAUUUUAAUAACAUAAUAUCAUUUCAUUUGUAACUCUGAGCAAAGAAAACCGUUUUAACAUGCUUCGGAAAGGUUUCGAGACAUUGAAUGUUUCUAAUGGCACUAAAAAGUUGAAUCAACCGUCAUGGUUUUUUCAUUGUCUUGUUAUGAAGAAUUAUAUAAGAAGGUUAUCAGUAACAUAGAAACUUUCUGUUCCUAAGAUGUGUGCUGGUACUCUUACAUCAAAACUAUGUUUUAUUCAAAAGGUUUAAUAGCCUCGGUGUACAGGACUACUCUGGAAGUUGAAUAAGAGAUCUCUAGUCUGUAUACCGGUAUGACAAAUAGGACAGACUUCUUGCAUGGAUCACAGUUUCAUACAAACUGAAGCUCAAUUUUGAAAUAUAAACAUCUGGGCCCUGUUUCGUGAAACUUGUUGUCAAUACCGAGGUACAAUAAUUAUCAUAAGCUACUGAAAUCCAGACAUUUGAUUGCUAGGCUCAGAUUUGUCAUAGAUCUGUGGCAGUUGUUAUUGAUAACAAGUUUUAUGAAACCGGUCCCAAAUCUUUUAUCUAUGAAAACUGCACAAAUUGCCAAGGGCUUCACAAAUUGGACAGAUUCAGUGUUGUGUUUAUAUUAUUGCAUUCAGCUUACUGGAUUUACAGCCAAUAACUAGCUCUUUAUGGUGUUGAUUUGCCUGAUAUAUGAUAUGAUGUAUUAGCCUGCUUCACAAGCUUGUCCUUAGUGACAAAUGACAGCUUUUGUUAUAAGGUAGUGAAAUCCUUGCUUCUGAUCGGUUAUCAGCAGAUUUGUCACUGAUUUUUUUUUUCAUUCAUUUGUCGUUGAAAAAAGGCAUUGUGAAAUGGGUCCCUGAAUAUCAUCCUUUGGGGUCAGAAGGGCAUGAACUCAUAUACUUUAACACAGAGUUAAUGCCUUUUUGGCUCUGAACAGACAUUAGCAUGAUUACUAGCACAAACAGAUUUCAUUGCCUUACAAUUAAUUCCAUGCUAGUCUUGCAAACAAUGAAGUAAAAUGUGACCAACCUUUUAAUGCUUACUUGAAAACAUUGUUUUGUUUUCACAUGAUCAAAAUUGUAAUUUUCUCCCAAUAAUAGGCUUUAUUGCCCUUUUAGUGUGUAGGAGUGUAUUAUUCCUCAGUCCACAAUAGUUUGUUAAAUAUAUACAUGUAUUGACAAUGCACUUGAUAAGAUAAAGGCACAACACACUUAUCACAAUAUACUUUGAUUUAUAAUUCAUUCCAAUUCAAGAAAUUGUAAAUGCAAUAUCAAUUACACAUGACAUAGUGAUUUGCCGAUGUCGAGGUGUCAUGUUUAAAUGGUUAGUCACUAAGGAAGACUGGGAGUGCAUAGGUCAUGGAUUCAAGCCCCAACAUAGCACAUAAGUCCUUGAGCAAGGCAUUUUAUCUCCACAUUUCAUGCUUCUGUCCACCCAGGUGCUAAAUGGUUACCCCAUAGGAUAAUAAUAAAUAAUAAUAUAUUUCUAUACCGCAAAUUGCAAAUUGACUCUAAGCGGUGUAGAAGGAAAAUAGUUAAAAGUAAAUGUGAUUGGAUUAGCAUGUGCAUGUGCAUGAAAAGGGGUACUGGCUGGAAUGCCCCCCCCCCCCCCUCCCCAGGGAGUGGAGAGUGAGCACUGUGUUGAGUUCAGUGAAUGGGGUAAUAAUAACACUGUAAGCACUUUAGUCGGUUGUAACUGGUAAAGCGCUUUAUAAGAAACAGUUACUAUUAUUAUCGAUCGUGUCAUAUGUCUUGUCUAAACUUAAAAGCGUGUAUAAAAAUGAAGGUCUUGUAGUUCCUGCAAACACGGUCAUUAACCCCUUGAUUAUGAUGUUACAAUACAACACAGUCCCAUGUAGAGAUUGUGUUUGUAAGAAAGGUAUCUUGGGUUAAUGUGAUUGCUUCAAUCACGCUUGGUACCACUUGACUUAUACCCUAUGCCUAGGAUAUAUACGUCCUAUGCCUAAAAUAUAUCAGUUUGGUUAUGUCCACGUUUGAAUUAAUAUCAUAAGAUUUAUAUUUGCUGGUAUACAUGUACAUGUGUCUGAUCUUAAAAGAUUUACCAAGAAAAUCUAUUUUGCAUACUUGGUACUAUGCAUCUUGUGUUUGUUUUAUGAUGUCUCCUUUUGUAUUAUUCUUUGAAGUCAACAAACAGAAGGAUAUAUCAAUUGAAUGCAUGAAAAUGCAUGUAAAGGAUUGGAGGAAAGGAAGGCAAUAAAACAAAAAAAUGUUCUAUCAAAA